UCCAUUCAAGAUAAGCAUGGCUGAAAAUAAGCAACCAACAAACUUGAACGGAGCCUACUAUGGCCCCGCCAUCCCCCCACGGCCGGCGGAACGAAGAAGAAGCUGCUGCUGCUGCUGCCUCUUCAGCGUCAUCUGGAAGCUUCUACUUGUGCUCAUCAUUCUCGCUGUCAUCGCAGUCUUGGUAUUCUGGGUGAUUGUUCAACCGCGCAUAUUCAAGUUUUACGUGAACCAUGCAGAGAUAACACAAUUCGACUACAACACCAACACCACCCAACUCCGCUACAACAUGGUCCUCAACUUCACCGCCCACAACCCCAACAAGAAACUCGGCAUCUACUACGAUCAAGUGCUGGCCAAAGCCUUCUACCAGGACACCCAGUUCGCCUCCGCCAACGUCAUCACUUUCAUGAACUCCUUCAGGCAAGACAAGAAGGGAACCAACCCUAUGAGCGGUGUUUUCUCUGGUCAACAAUUGAUUUUCCUCGAUUAUAGCCAGUACUCGCAGGUCACUGAUGAUAAGAACCGUAGGAGUUUUGACAUCUACGUCAAGCUCUACUUUCAGAUCAGGUUCAGGCUUGGGGAUCUCAUUUCUGCCACCUACAAGCCCAGAGUCAAGUGUGAUCUCAAGGUUCCAUUUACAAACGCCACCAAAGCUUUCACUUUUUUUAAGACCACCAAAUGCGAUAUUCAUUUCUAGCCAGUAACUAAUUAAACUUCAACCAAAAAAUACUUAUUUGGUCCUUGGAGUUAUAUGAAUCUCAAUUUAGCCCUUAAAAUUUUAAUUUAAUUUUUUAAAAUUUUAAUUGCCUAAAUUACUAAAACAUGUAUCUUUUGUCAAGCAAUCGGAAUUUGCCUCCCUAACCCAUGUAUACAUUACUUUUAAAAUGACCCAUAAUUAUUAUUAAGCA